AUGAUCGAUUGUAAUAGUUAUUUUAUUAUAACAAUUCUAUGCCUACAAACACUAUACAAUUGUAUUGUUUCAAUUAUCGGGCAAUAUAUCUAUGGAUUUUUUCUACGAACUUACGAUGAUAUUCCUCUUAAUUGGACAAUUAUUACUGAUGAUGUAUCCGUGACUAUUAAAAUGUUUAAAUUAAAUCAAGAACAAUGUGUAGAAAAUACGACAGAUCUUUCUAAUAGUUCUGCUCAAGCAUGGGCACAACAACAAUCAGCAGAUUUAGUGUUUCGAGCCACUCUAUGGAGAGCAUUCCCGGUAAUUGUUAUUACGUAUUUAUUUGGUCUCUAUGCUUCACGAUUAAAUCGACGAUUAGUGUUAGUAUUUUCUAUAUUAGGAAAUUCUAUUCAUGUACUUAUUUAUCAAGCUAUCAUCUAUAAAAAUUUAGCCGAAUACUGGUGGUAUGUCGCAGCUUUCAUUGCUGGUUUAGCAGGCGGCACUAAUAUUCUAGGUAUUGUAAUAAAUUUAGUAAUCACAGAAAGUACCGAAGAAAGUGAACGAUCAUCACGUUUUGUAUGUAUCAAUGCGGUGACUACGGCUUUAGCAUCAAUAGCAACAUUUGGUAUUGGUUAUUAUAUUCAAUGGCGUGGUUACACUGAUCUAUUAUGGGCAGCAAUUGCAUUGGAAAUAUUGUCAAUUUUUGUCGUUAUUCUCUUUUUGAAGCCAACAAAUUAUCCUCAAUCAAACGAUGAGAAUACAGCGCUGCUACUACCAUCAUCAUCAUCGUCGUCGUCGUCGUCGUCGUCGUCGUCGUCGAACAAUGCUCAUGCCAUUGUUAAGACAUAUGUGCUGUCUAGAUUUUACCAUUGUUUUGGCAUCUGUGAAGUAUUUAACUUUCGACAUCAUUCGAAAAAUAAAUCGAUUAGUAUCAUUUUAAUCAUUGUUUCCUAUAUAUUUUAUUUGUUGGCAUUAUCAUCUAUGUCAACAUUGGUUUGGUAUCUUCUUGGCACUCCGUUCUGUUGGACAUCGAAAAAUCUUGGUCAAUACUCUGCAGUAUCAUUAAUAACUACAGCAAUUUUUAGUGCACUAGGCAUGAAACUAUUGACUUAUAUUGGAGCAAAUGAUGCUAUAAUAUGUAGUCUCAGUCAUAUUUGUUUCUUUGUCUACGCAUUUUGGAUUUCACUAGCUCAAUAUAGUUGGCAAUUGUACUUAGCAUUAUUGAUUAAUCCAUUUUCGGGUUAUCAAGGUAUAUUAACGACACCGAUGAUAGUGAAAUGGUUGGAAGUUCAUGAACGUAGCGAUGUUUUUACAUUAUUAACAGAAAUAAAUACAAUUAUUCUGGCUUUUGGAAGUUCUUUAUUCAAUUGGAUCUACGCUCAAACAGUAGUUCACCAAAAAAAUUUUACAUUAUUAUUUGCAAGUGGACUUUGUAUUAUACCUAUUAUUCUCAAUCUAUGUCUUUUCGUGAUCAAUCGACAUAUUUCAAAUGCACAAGAAAUAAAUAUCGUAUCAGAAAUAAAUACAGAACCUGCAGCAUUGCCCUUAACGAAUAAUAUCCUCCCGCAAGUUGUUGAUAUAGCUUAUUUGAUCCAAUUACCUCGUUCACGUACUGAUUCUUUCUAUACAUCUCACAAUGAUAGAUCUCUUACUGAUUCUUACGGAUCAACCAAUCACCAAACUGACACACAAAUAGUUGUAUAA